AUGUGGCGGAAAGAGGCCAAGAAGAGUGGCGAGAGCCAUCGCAGUCAUACAAACGUUGCUCGAGAUUCCCAACAGCAGCCACCGCUCGCUAAUUCGAAUGAUGCGCAGACGGCUUACCCUCUUUUGCGGAACAACCAGAUGGACACCACGCCGAUAGUAUCGCAAGGAGCUAGUCAUAACGAACGUUCCACUACUGCUAAUACUGCACCGGCAGCGCCUAGCAGGAGCGGAGGAGAUCGAAACUGGAGUGCUCGUAUUCGAGCCUCCAUUGCGCGCUUGAUGGAUAUCGAUGGUGUUUCCUUAAACCCGGAGAGGUUUGCAAACCUAACACUGGAAAACCAAGCGGCAAAAGAGGCCCAGCAGGCAUUCCGCGAGAGAGUUGAUCGUUUGCAGGUCGCAAGCGAGGCAGCUCAUAAGGAGCACUGGAAGCGGUUACGUGACGUGUACCCGGCCUCAACAACGAAAAAAAUGAGGUUUACUAUUGCGGACCACCCGUCUCCAUCAGCGACAACAAUGAUAUCUUCGUCGGCAACUCCAGCAUCGUAUCAGCCUAGGCACGAAGCGUUGGACGCACUAGUAGUGGCCGCCGCUACAGAAGAUUUGACCAAGUCAUUGACACCAGCCAAUGCAAAGCGAGCUAGACACCGACAUAACCUACUGUCCUUGCGAAAUGGCGCAGGCGCUGAGCAGAGCCCAGUGCGUGUCCAUGACCCACAAUUGGCCAAAGCCGUCAAUAAUCUCGCUGAUAAAUUGGCGCGACUACUUGGACAGCUACAAGCUACGUCCGAUGAGGCUACUGCUGAGCCCAUUCUCGCCGCUGCGGCAACUAUCGCGCUGGAAGCGACGGAGAUGCGUCGCAACGAGGAAGUGGCGUUGGCGCGAAUGGUUGAAAUCGAGGAGCAUCGCCAGCAUAUCAUGCAAGGUCUUCUAGAGUACGAAAUGCGUAAAGAGCAGCGAGAAAAGGACGAGAGCAGCAAAGAAUGCACUGCCACCUUGUCCGGUUCACACGGUAGCCAGAAAGACAGCGGUGCCAAGGUUGAUGAAAGACAAGACUAA